GCUUCUUGGCCCGGUCGAUUUCCAGUGACUUCAGUCUAGCUCAGUAAGCAUCUGAUUGACUUUGAGGUGACAGACAGGUCCUAUGCUGCCUUACUGGGAUGAAAGGCGGCUGUCUGCAUAGGCUCCUUGUCCACAAGCUAUGCUUUGGCCUGGUGGUUCUCCUCGCUGUGCCGGUUGUUGUUCUGUUACUGGAAGGAGCCCCAGUCCUCACAAUCUUCAGCACAACACCAGGCCAGUUAAAAGUUCUCUCUCAAGGUUUCCUACAGCAGCAGGAGCAGGAACAUCUUGGAGAUGAUGGAGCGACCCUAGCUGGGUCUCCAGGUCCAUCUUCCAGGAGUCGCUUGCACAAAAAUUGUAACUACGCAAAGGGGAAGUGGAUAAAAGAUGAUAAGCGGCCACUGUACUCUGGUAACGAGUGCAAGCAAUGGCUGUCAAAAAUGUGGGCUUGUCGAAUGAUGCGGCGCGCACAUUUCUCUUAUGAGAAUUAUCGGUGGCAGCCACAUGGCUGUGAGAUGCCUGAGUUUACAGGGCCUAACUUCUUAAAAAGGAUGAGGAACCGAACUCUUGCUUUUGUUGGUGAUUCACUUGGCAGACAACAAUUUCAGUCAAUGAUGUGUAUAGCAACUGGUGGCAAAUACAGUCCUGAGGUCGAAGAUGUUGGUUGGAAAUAUGGCCUUGUCAAAGCCCCAGGUGCUCUAAGACCUGAUGGGUGGGCUUAUAGAUUUCCGUCCACCAACACAACUAUCUUGUUCUACUGGUCUGCUACUCUGUCUGAAUUAGAACCUCUGAAUACAGAAGACACAGUGACCAGAUAUGCAUUGCAUCUUGAUCGACCAGUUACAUUUUUGAAGAAGUAUCUUAAUGACUUUGAUGUCCUAGUACUUAACACGGGCCAUCACUGGAACAGAGGGAAAUUCAAUGGAAAUCACUGGGAAUUGCAUGCUGAUGGGAAGCCUGUAGGCAAUGGUAGUAGACUUGCAGACCUAACCCGUGCAAAAAAUCUUACAUUGCAUAGCAUUGCUAGAUGGAUGGAUUCAGAACUUGCACGGCAUCCUAAGAUGAAAGUUUUCCUCAGGACAAUUUCACCAAGGCACUUUGUAAAUGGUGACUGGAACACAGGUGGGACAUGUGGAAAUACUAUCCCCUUAUCUAAUGGAAGUGAGGUCUUGCAGGAUCAUUCAAUUGAUAUACCCGCAGAAAAUGCUGUGAAGGGAACUCAGGUUAAGCUUUUGGAUAUCACUGCUAUCUCGAAACUACGAGAUGAGGGGCAUAUAUCAAACUCUACUUUCAAAAAAGCUUCCACUGGAAUUAAUGAUUGCUUGCACUGGUGCUUACCUGGUAUACCAGACAUGUGGAAUGAGCUUCUAUUUGUACAGAUUUAGUAUCACACUCUAGUUAGGCGGAUCUUUUUCAGAGCCCCAAGGACCUCUUCUGUUCAUAUCAUAGCAGUACACGGUACAUUUAUGGAGUUUUGGAUCACCCAUAUGGAGGUGUUCACGAGAUGAUACUAUUGAUUUCUAUAGAAUUAAUUUACAGAUUGGUCCAGGUUCUUCCAACUUCCUUUGGAGCAGAGUAGGAGAUGGAGCUGCUGCAUAGCCCAAUCUGACUAUCCGAGUAUUCUUCAGGCACGUUGAACUUUGUUUCUACUUUUAUCUUACUGUAAAAUCCUACCACGGUAUACCAUGUGCAGCACAUAUCCUUCAGAAAAAUGUUCAUACCAGCUGUUCGUAAUUAUAUAUAUGUUCAUUGAGAUAAAAUUAGAAGUUCAACAUUCGAUUGAUUUGUGUGACCUCAAAGGCCCCACUCUUGUAUGUGUAACAUUUUGAGUGAUAGAUGACCUGAUAUACCAUUGCAUCUUGUAACCAUAGCUGCCUCUGGAUACCUUGUCAUUUUGCAGCUCUGUGUUACUGCAUUAUCAAUUUAUCACUGCUACUGGAAUACCCUUGUUUUCUUAAUUGUUGUCUUUCA